AUGGAUAGUUUAAAUGAUCAAUCAACCAACAAAGCGUCUGAACAAGAACAGGAUAUUGAAGAUAAUCAACAGAAAGAAGAAAUGAAAAAUGAUUCUGAAUAUUCAAAAUUGAAAAAUAAAAUAGAAGGGUACGUGCAAGCAAUUGAGAAAGAGAAUGAAAAUUGUGAACAAAUUUCAGACAAUGGGAAAGUCUUUUCUGGAUAUGUUGCAGCUAUUGUUGUGGACAAAAUUGAAAAACAAGAAGAAAAAGAUGUUAAGGAAGAACGCCCAGUAACUCCUGUCAAUGAAGUGACACCAAAAGAAUUAAAAGAAGAAGAAACAAGAGAAGCACAACAGGUCAACCAAACUCAAAUAGAAGAACAACAUGUGGACAAAACACAACAACCUGUUGUGAAAGAAA